ACCACCACCAUUCACAGUGACAGAAAACGUAUUCAGUGACAAAAAACGUAUUCACACAAUUGCUGCUACUACAUUUUAUAGCCCAUAUAGGGGGGGGGGGGCAUGCAUGUUUUACAAACAGCCCUUGUUGCAUGUUGUUUUUGUUAUUAUAUUUUAGCAUAGGCAAUUAGCAGUUUGAAGCCACAUCAAUUAUCAAGACUUAAUUGUUGUUUUGUCAAUUAUCAGCUUAUUAUCACUAUUGUUUGAAUAUGCGUAUAUAAACUUGUUUCAUUUUGUUCAUAUUAUACAGUUGAUUUUGUUUACUACUGCGUAUUUGGAUUUACUGCAAAUUAUAAACUUGGUAUAUUUUCUACAGGGUUUGUUGUGAUAUUUUUUGUGUGUUUAGGAUUAUAUAUACAUUGUGUUCUGUUCUGUUCUGUGGCUUAUAUAUACAUUGUGCACGAUAACUCUGCAACACCUUCUGGCGACGGAAACCUUGUUCUUCCUAGUACAGUUUUUGGAAGACAAGAAGUUCCAGGUUCGAACCAGGAAACACUUCAAGGAAGCUGACGAAAUUGAGAUCAACGGGGUGUACACUGUGCAGUGGGGAAGCGGCAAGCAGGUUGGACUAGCAUCUGCGCUAGCACAGGGGAAAAAAGAUGAAAUGGAGACAGAAAUGACAACAAGGAUUGGAGCUUUGUCUGCCCCGACGGGGAAAAGGAAGGCUGUUGAACAAGUCGUCGCCAAGGUCACCAAGGUCACCAAGAAAAGGGCCGCAGUGGUGUCUGUUGGGUCGCCACCCAGUGACAACACGCAUCCACCCACAUCUGGACAAACAACAACAACUACAGCCACUUCGAGACCUGCUUCACCAACAAUCGCCACGGCAACGACGAGACAAGCAACACCAACCAUCGCCACGCCAACAACUUCGAGACCUGCAUCACCAACCAUCGCCACAGCUACGACGAGAAAAGCAACACCAACCAUCGCCACGGCUACGACGAGACAAGCAACACCAAUCAUCGCCACGGCUACGACGAGACAAGAAACACCAACCAUAUUCACGCCAAUCAUCACUAGACCUAUUUCCACGCCUGCCAGAAGAGUCGGUGCAACAAUGGAACCCGGCAGCACGGCACAUAUUCUUGUGCUGCUCAACGGUAUGGAGGCCUACAUGGCAGAGCAGACACGAGCCAUGAUCAAUAUGGGCAAGCGCCUAACCAAACUGGAAGCGGCAGUGGAGCGGUUGGAGGUGUUGUUCGCGUCAGGCAAUCGACAGCCUCUACAGCCACUACAGCCACUACAGCCACUACAGCCUCUACAGCCUCUACAGCCGCUACAGCCUCUACAGCCACUACAGCCACUACAGCCACUACAGCCACUACAGCCUCUACAGCCACUACAGCCUCUACAGCCACUACAGCCACUACAGCCUCUACAGCCACUACAGCCACUACAGCCACUACAGCCACUACAGCCACUACAGCCUCUACAGCCACUACAGCCACUACAGCCACUACAGCCACUACAGCCUCUACAGCCGCUACAGCCUCUACAGCCACUACAGCCACUACAGCCACUACAGCCACUACAGCCUCUACAGCCUCUACAGCCACUACAGCCUCUACAGCCUCUACAGCCACUACAGCCACUACAGCCACUACAGCCACUACAGCCACUACAGCCACUACAGCCUCUACAGCCACUACAGCCACUACAGCCACUACAGCCUCUACAGCCUCUACAGCCUCUACAGCCUCUACAGCCUCUACAGCCACUACAGCCUCUACAGCCUCUACAGCCUCUACAGCCACUACAGCCACUACAGCCACUACAGCCGCUACAGCCACUACAGCCACUACAGCCACUACAGCCACUACAGCCUCUACAGCCUGACCAGGAAAAUCAAAUGCCUGAUACCAGCCUCGUGGACAAGGUUAUAGUAGUCGCCAUCAACAGGGAGGCCAACAAUGAGGCCCACUUUGCCUGUCUUCUGCUGCCGCACAUUUUUCCGGAGUUGUUUGGCGCAGACAAGCUCCGGAUGUUAUUCAAUUGGAAUGGGGCGGCCGGGAAACAGGCGCUGGAUGCCUCCAGGAAGGCAUAUAUAGAAAACAUAACAAAGUUUUUCUACCCGGACGCAAGAUCCAUGUCGGGUUGGACGGCCGUGGUCCUGCGCAUUAACGAGCGCGUGAGAAGGAAAGAAAAGAAAAAGAAAAAUCAAGCAGAAGCAGAACGUCUGCUACAGGAGGGACUGGAAGAGCUGUCGUUUUUGAACUUGUAAAUAUCUCUUUCAACCCAAAACUGUGUUUACUGUGUGACAUAAUUUAAUAUUAAAUGUUUUCCAAUUGUGUCAAAAACUAUUAAAACUAUUAAAUCAGACUGAUCAUAGAUGUAAAAUAAUCUUAUUCUUAUGUAAAAAAUGAUAAAGCUCAUGAAACACAAACAUAAAAAAUGUUUGUUAUUAUUUCAAUAUAAAAUACAUUCUGUUGAUAAUGUGCUUUUGAUUUUUGCAAUCCAAUAACAAUAGUUAUUUGUAAUAAAGACUCUUGCCAUUUU